AUGAGAACGCUUGAGUGCAAGCCAGCUUGGUUCGAAAUCGGCAUGGUUGGGAUGCUGGCGGGUGCCACUGAAGGAGAGAGGGGCUCGGCAACUGUUCUCGGCCAGUGGUCUCGGGAUAUUUGGAUGAGUGGCGUCGGCGAGGAUCUCAAGGCCUUCUUGGAGAAGAAUGAAAAUAAGCCGAGGAAACUUCUCGAGUGGUUCCAGACCCACUGCACUCCACGAGAUGCUCCCGAAAACCCGCGGGCCGGUGGACCGUUCCUGACCCGUCGACAGUUGGAGGAGUACGAGCAGCGACAGGCAGACCUGCCAGCGAUGCAAUGGCUACAUCGCGACGCACCGGCUGACGAUUGUCAGAAGCGGCAAGCUCAGGUCAUAGUGCGUGCGCUGAAGUUCAGCUUAAAUUCUAUAGACGAAAAAACAUCAUUGAGGGAAGGGGCAUUUGAAGAUUGUCCGCCUUCUGACCUGUAUCCGGAGGGAUUGUGCGGCUUCGGUCGUCUCGAUAGGUCACCCUCUGGCUUAGUUAAUUGGGCUUACUUUUGGAAGAACAGGGAAGACAUGUCCCCUGAGCAGGAACUACGGACCCUAGCAGUUAUCGCACGCUGGCACCCGGCCAGUGUUUUGGAGGGCCAUAUCGGUAUAUGGAAGACGCCGUUGUACAAACAAAACGACUACAUACCGGAUCUAUCUGUCCACGAGGGAAGGCUUCGUCAACUUGCAGCGUUGUGGUUUUGCGGGGACCCCAAUGUAAAGCCAGGCCCCAUAACCGAGUCGGUGGUGGCAGAUUUAGAGAGGUCCUUGAGGGAAAUCGAGUACUAUUCCUUGAGCGAAGUGGAUAGAAAUGAGGAAGACGACACAUACUUCCUUAGGUAUGUGGACGUGGAAAAGGUGAAGAAGGAGUACCUGGCUCGCCUCGACGCUCAGAAGAAGCGCGUGUCCCUCCGUGAAGAAACGAUGCUCGAACGUCGUUACUGUGAGGCGUAUACGGGUUGCAGGGACAAAUUCUUGUCUACGUAUUUCCCCGACCCCUCCCAGCCGAAACCUUCGGCCGGGGAAGUGCCUGAAUUUCCUCUCGGUUCCCAAGUCAAAAUCACCAACAUAGCUGAUUACCAAAACUACGAACUGCGCCGAUGGGCGUGGAUGGAGGAGCUACUGGUUCGUACUGUCCUGGACCAAGUCCUGUCGAAGCACACCACCAACACUGGUGAAGCCCUCGAUGCCGCCGCUCUUGUUGCCGCCAAGAAUGCGCCGGAACCCUUUAUUGUUUCUGUUUCAAGAGCCGAUUUGCGCGAUAUUUAUGACCAAGCUCUGCCGCAGGUAGCGAAACGAGUAGCCGUAGAACAGGCUCAUGAGUAUGCUUGCAGAACUGCUGGUGUCCUGAUUACUACCGCCUACAAUCAGUCAACAGUACUUGGCUGA